AAUUCUACUCUUUUACAGAGCAUCUUUUUGAGUGUCUUGAUUUUAAUUGGAUCUAAAGAGGUUGGAUCUCCACAUCGUUGGUGGGAGAAGGUUAUCAGGAUGGCUUCAAAAUUUGCGACCACACCUGUCUGGGAUAUACUACAAAUCCUUUCAUAAUGCAGCUUCAAACGUCUGCUGUGUCAAGAGGAAAAAAACAAAAUGCUGACAAUUUUUUAUAUACUGCUCCUGAUCGAUUUUGGGCGAUGCUCAGAUCAUCAGAUCUUUGACACCAAAAAUGUUGAUGUUGGGCAAAAUGUGACUCUGAAUUGUUCCCGGGAUCGUCUUUGGCAUUCAACAAACUUAUUUUGGAUCAGACUUGUUUCUCAGAGCUUUCCUGAAGUUUUAGGAUCAACAAUAUCUUAUGAUUCUCCGACUAUUAAAAAGACUCAUCAUAUUACUACAAAACAAGAGCCUGGAACUUUUGUUCUACAUAUCAACAGAGCACAGUUAAGCGAUACAGCUGUUUAUUACUGCAUCAAAGUAAGAGAGCGCAAGAUGACAUUUUUGAAAGGAACUUUUCUUAGAGUCAAAGGACCUGACCCAGGCAUAACUGGUGUCACUCAAGACUUUUUGUCUAAUCCAGUCCAUCCAGGAGCCCCAGUAACUCUGCAGUGUUCAGUCCUCUCUAAUUCUGAGAACAGAACAUGUACAGAAGAUCACAGUGUGUACUGGUACAGAGCCAAACCAGAUGAAUCUCAUCCUAGUUUAAUUUAUAGUCAAGGAAACAAUAGUAAUUACUGUGAGCGGAGUCCUGAGGCUUCCCACCAACAGAAAUGUGUCUACAGCUUCUCCAGGAACGUCACCUGCUCUGAUACAGGAACUUAUUACUGUGCUGUGGCCACAUGUGGAGAGAUACUUUUUGGAAAUGGAGCAAAACUUGAUAUCAAAGCUGCUGCUUCUCUACAAACAAAUACAGAAUCAACUAGGGAAGAACAACAAAUUAAAGAGAUGAGGACUCACUGGCUUAUGCUGCACCAACAUUUACCAAGAGAAACACUCGCAAAGCAGAGAGAAGGGAUGCAAGAGCAACAGAGACAAUUUGUAUUUAUUCUGAUGUCAGAGCUUUUGCAUAUGGAAAAACUGAUGCUUAAGCAAAGCCUGAGACAAAUUGCCAGCUGUGGCAACUAUUAUAUGUAUUAUGUUUGCAUUUGUGACGACUGUACAUAAAAUAUGAACAAUGAACUGACUUACCUUCAAUAUCUGAAGAGAAUUCAAUUAGAAAAAUAAAAUCCAUCUUUACUUUGGACUGAUAUUUAUAUUUCAUACUCAGACUCCGCAUCUGUCUGGAUAUUAAAAGUGGAAAAGAAAAACACUGAAAUGAUGAAUAAGUGAAAGUAAGUCUAGUAUGUCUUCAGAAAUGAAGUUUGGUUUGGGACAACUACAAGACAACACAUCUUCGUAUUUAGUGUGUUUUAAACUCGUGUCCCAUUUUUUUUCACUCAUUCUUGUUUUGCUUUGUGGCCGCUGUAAAAGAAAUAAAGAAAUCUGCACAGAAAAUUCUAAAAUGCUAUUUUGUUGUGUGAGCUCUUUGUAUCUUUAACUGUUUAUGUCAGGUGUUGAGAAAAUAACUAUGUGGCACCUGUUUGAACCUCUUUGCUUUGUGAUUACAGGUUUUUUCUAUCAGCCUGCAUUAAAUAUAUUUUAUGUCUGUUCAGGAGGAUUAUGCAGAAGUUUUAAUAAAACAUUCAAAUGAUAACUGAAGUACGCUUGGUUUCUCAGGUUUCCACCACAGACUGUAAAUAAUUUGUAUAUAUGAGGUGUAACUUUACAUUAAUAAAUACAAUGUCCAAGG